AUGAGUCUCGCCUUGCGUCUCUGGGCUAUUUGUUGGCUCAUUCUUCCUAUAACCGCCCAGAGGCCUGAAACACCUCUCUUCUCAACAAGCCGCUGGAUUACGGACUCCUCCAACAAGCGUGUCAAGCUCCGCUGUAUCAACUGGGCUGGUCAUAUGGAAGUCAAUCUGCCCGAAGGCCUCCACAAGCAACCUGUCGAAUACCUGGCCGACUGGAUCAAGCAAGAAGGCUUCAACUGCGUUCGGCUAACCUUUUCAACUGAUCACGCCCUGGACCCAGGCGUCAAAGUACGAGACUCCUUCGCGAACGCCGCCAAAGCAGCAGGCGUCAACGAGGCAGACCUCCUAAAACUCUACGACCAAGCAGUCCAAAAGAACCCCUUCUUGGGGGAUAACAACGCCACUCAGCGCGAUGUAUUCGCCCGCGUCGUCAAUGUCCUCUGGGAACGCGAGAUCAUGACCAUCCUAGACAACCAUGUGAGCAAGGCAAGCUGGUGUUGCAACCUUGACGACGGCAACGGGUGGUGGAAGGACGCGCGGUUCUACUGGGCUGCCAACAGUCGGUACUUCGACACCGACCAGUGGCUCGCGGGUUUGCAGCAGGUUUCCAUGUGGGCUGCCACCGUGCCUGGCGUCGUUGCCAUAUCGAUCCGCAACGAGCUCCGCGCGACGUGGACGCAGAUUCCAUUUGCGGCAGAUCAGUGGUACGGAUACGUCACGCGCGGAGCAAAGGCCGUUCACGCGGCGAACCCGGAUGUGCUUGUCAUCAUUGGCGGUCUCAACUCUGCGACGGAUUUCUUCCCGCUGCGGACGAGGGCGUUGGACACCUCGGCCUGGAAGGGCAAGAACGUGUGGGAGGCGCACAGUUACAGCUUCACCGUCACGACGCCCAACUUCGGCGAUUGCAACAUCGAGCGCGCCGAGUAUGGCACUCUGUUUGGGUUCGUGCUUGAGCAGGGCAAAGGGUACACCGGUCCGUUAUUCCUGUCCGAAUUUGGCGCGGGCAUGAGUGGAGGGCCGGAGGAUGGGUUGUCGGCUGAGGAUCAUGCGUACUUGACCUGCCUCGUGGCCUAUCUGGAAGGAAACGACGCUGACUGGGCGUUGUGGGCGAUCCAAGGGACAUAUUAUGUGAGGAACAAGGUUGUUGAUUUUGAAGAGACUUGGGGUGCGCUGGACCGUGACUGGAAGAGCUGGAGGAAUCCAGCUUUCAAGGGGCUGUUAGGCAACAUCUUUUCCGUUACUCAAGGACCGUAG